AUGCCAGCACAAAUUCCACAUAAACAUCAUGAUGAAAUCGAAGAAAAUGGUUUCACAGUUGUCAGAAAUUUCUUAAAUCAAGAUGAAAUAGAUGAAUAUUUAAAAGCUUCCGAAACAAUUAUCGAUUAUGCUAGACAAGGUAAUUGGCCUUAUGUUAGAACUAUGGGUAAGCAAUUUCCACCAUGGCCAAAAAAUUUUUCACCGAAUAUUUGGGGUAUAACAGGUUUAUUACAUCCAGAUUUAAAUGAAAAAUCAUUACCAUUUCAUAAACUAUAUUCAGAUGAUAAAAUGUUAUCUAUAGUUUGUGAUAUCUUACAAAUUGAAAAAGAUCAAGUAUCUAUGGAAUUAUUAAAUAUGUUAAUUAAUCCAUUGACUGAUUUUGAAUUGGAUUGGCAUAGAGAUACAAUUAAACCAGAAGCAACACCAGAAGAAGAAAAAGAAGAUUUAUUGAAAAAUCCUUAUGCUGGUGCUCAAUUUAAUUUGGCAUUAACCGAAGAUAAUUGUUUGAUUGCUAUUCCUGGAUCUCAUAAACGUUUAAGAACACAAGAAGAACUAGAUAAAACUAUUGAUCCAUCAAGAAGGAAAGAAUCUAUUACUGAUGAAAUUGUUGUUAAAUUGAAUCCUGGUGAUUUGGUAUUUUAUAAUAAUAAUAUUUUACAUAGAGCAAAAUAUUCAGCUAAAAAUAAAAGAAUUACGGUUCAUGGUUCUUAUGGAAAUGUUAAAUUUGGUAAAUCAAGAGCAAAAGGUAUCUUACAACAUGGAGUUGCAGAAUGGUUACCAAGACUAGAACCAGAAAAUGAAAAUUUGAAAAUGUUGAAAGAAAAAUUGGUAAAUUUGGCACAUGAAUUUGGAGGUGUAAAUUUAGGAUAUGCAUUGGAUGGUUAA